UGUGUUUGAGGCUGGACUGCAGGGAGAUUAAGCAGAGAGACGCACCGACUCCAUGAGCACAAGUGGAUGGAAAGAGCCCAAUGCAAUGGAGACCCGCGGUGCACAGAUCGGUACCCUAUAAACUCAAGAAGGAGAGAAGAGAGGCUUGCAUGAGACAAAGGGGAAUGAAGAGUAGGAUAAAGAGUUUUAAUGAAGAGUUGAGAUUAUAUUUUCCAAAAUGGCACGGAUUUGCUCCCAUGCAAAUGCGCAUUUUGCAAAGAUGACAUAGCACUUGAGAAAAUGGGAAUCCUCCAGGAUCAGAACUCACUCACGACCUGAAUGAAAAGAGAAAAGGGAUUCUAUUCAAAUCGGAAUUUAGUUUUGUUUUGCCUUCUUUUACUUGACAAGCCUCGGUUGUGAGUGAACGCAGAGUGAAAUAUGAAUCUGGGCAAAGCACUUCUGUUUUUCCUCCUCUCAAAUUGUGUGACAAUGACUUUGUCUCUAUCCACUUGCACCACUGUGGACAUCGACCACAUAAAGAAAAAGAGAGUAGAGGCGGUCCGGGGACAGAUUCUCAGUAAACUCCGGCUGACCAGUCCGCCUCAAACAACAGGUCCAAGUCAAGUGCCGUUUCAGGUUCUGGCCCUUUAUAACAGCACCAAGGAGCUCAUUGAGGAGCUGGGAAGAGACAGGCAGCAGAGUUGCGGACAGGAUAACACGGAGACUGAGUACUAUGCCAAAGAGAUUUACAAGUUCAACAUGAUCAAUGGUCCGCCAGAAAACAAUGACCUCCCCUACUGUCCUAAGGGUGUCACCUCCAAGGUAUUCCGCUUCAAUGUCUCCACCAUGGAGAAGAACUCCACCAACUUGUUCCGCGCCGAGUUUCGAGCCCUGCGGAUCCCCAACCCUGGCGCCAAGAGAAACGAGCAGAGGAUUGAGCUCUACCAGAUCCUCCAGAAAGACGACCCCAAAGCCAAACAGCGCUACAUUGGGGGCAAGAACGUCCUGACCAAGGGAACGCCUGAGUGGGUCUCCUUUGAUGUAACAGAGACAGUCAGAGAGUGGCUGAUGUAUCGACAGACCAAUCUGGGCCUGGAGAUCAGUGUGCAUUGUCCCUGCCACACUUUCAGGCCCAAUGGUGACAUCAUUGAGAAUGCCAGUGAGUUGCUGGAGGUCAAGUUCAAAGGUAUGGAAGCGGACUAUGAUGAUCAGAGAAAAAAACAAAAGGAGCAGCUCUACCCCCACCUCAUCCUCAUGAUGCUCCCUUCCCACAGGCUGGAUGCCCAGUCCUCCUCCCGCAGGCGCAAGCGGGCACUUGACACCAAUUACUGCUUCAACAAUUAUGAGGAGAAGUGCUGUGUGCGACCACUAUAUAUUAAUUUCCGUCAGGAUUUGGGAUGGAGGUGGAUCCAUCAGCCUGAAGGGUACUAUGCGAACUUCUGCUCUGGUCCAUGUCCUUACCUGCGCAGUGCAGACACCACCCACAGCACGCUGCUGAGCCUGUACAACACUAUGAACCCCGAAGCAUCCGCGUCACCCUGCUGUGUUCCUCAGGACUUAGAGCCCCUCACUAUCCUUUACUACGUGGGUCGCUCCCCUAAAGUCGAGCAGCUCUCAAACAUGGUGGUCAAGUCCUGCAAGUGCAGCUAGGCUUCAGGGCCCCGGUGAGAGACGUGGGAUGUGACGGCUCCCAGCACUACUCAGGAGCGGGUAUGAGAGGUUAAAGGGGAGCGCGGUACAGUUCUCUCCUCCCUGAGUCCCUCCAACCCCUGCUUCAGCCUUGCCCAAGCUCUCUCUUCAAAAUCAAAGAUGCAGUCCACCACUUUCCUCUAAAAUCAUUGGCAGCAUUUACCCAGAAGACUCGUCAAACACCACUUUACUAACGCUCUCAAACCCGUCGGGCCUCUUCAGCGAUCGCCUUGUUUGUCAUGUUUCUUUCAUAUUCCAGCAUUUUGAAGAGCCUGUACCUCAGUGUUAUGACAAUGAAAGAGGAACAGAGCGAUAAUUAUCUUACCGGGAGGGAUGCGGACUGAACUCAGCGUGAUAGGAAUACGUCAAAGAGGGUGAAACAAAAAUAAUCAUUUGUUGAGAGCAAACACAUCCCCCGGCCCUGAUACACAGGACACCUUCGAACAUCCGAGCUGGAAACUGACGCUGUGCACGCCACAGCUCCCAACACUGUUUUGUUUAGGAUGAAAUAAUGCUGUUAAAUAAAAAUGACCUUAGGAAAAAAGAAAACAUGCUGGAAACCAACCUUUAUUUCAAAGUAGUAUUUCCAUGGUUCUGUUUACCUCUGUAAUACAACAGGAUGGUGAUUCCAGGGAUCGUUUUUUGUUUUUAAAGUGAAGCCUUUCUGUUGUAUGAGAUGAUGUAUGUCACUAAGUGAACACUUAACUUAGAUCACGAACUGUAAAUGUUUUUCUUAUUACUCUUGGAAACACCUUUUUUUUUUAUUAAAACAUGGACAGUUGGAUAGAACUGUUCUAUUUUCAUUUUUUUCUGAGUUUUCUUUUUUUUUGUAUUAAAUAUUUUAGAGCACUUUAUUUCAGAGGGUAAUAGAUUACAUUCAGAUGACCAAAGUAAAAAAAAAAAAAAAAAUCAAAGUCCAGUGAUUGCCAACUUCCAGUGUAAAGCAUGUGUGGUGAGCAAAUACAUUUACUGACAUGAUCAGCAUGUUUUAAUGUUUUCUGUUGUUUGAUACAGACUGCCGAGAUGAUUCCAAAAAAACUUAUUACAUCUCCAUGCAUGUGUGUUGUGAACAAUCAGCAACAAAACAGAUUAAAUGACUGACUGUAAACAACUCUGUAUCACCACAUGAGAAUAUAGACAUUGAUUUGGACUCCUGUUGGAUUCUUGUAAUACGGCAUGCACUGGCUUUAACAGCAGUAAAUCCACAACAUGAAGUUUAACAUCGAUCGCAACAAACAAACAAAAAAAGAAAGAAAUACAAUCAAGUAUAUUAAAACCAGGUCUGUUGUACUGCAUUGGAAACUACAAUCUGUGCAAAGUCACUGCGAUGAUAAUCAUCAGACGAUAUGACAAAGACAUGCAUGAAAUUCAAGUAUUUUCUGACAAAGACAUCAUAAACAUAAGCUGAAUCUCUUCAUAUAUAACAGAUAUGUUUUAUUCUAUUAACACGCCCUGAGUGAACUCACUAUAUGGUCCCUAGCAACAGACUAUUCACAACGAUAUUGUUCUGCUGGUGCAGCGUUAACCUUCAUUGUAAGCAAGGCUUUGCAUAACCAUAAUCCUUCUUUAUGUUAUGCUUCAAGCUACAGAAACGGCCGAAAAGGCCUUUUGGUAGACAGUGAACAGUGAAUAAAUACUGAAGCAAUAACAAUGAUUUACUUAAUAUUAAUAUUAAAAUUUGGUCCAUCCAAAGGAAUACAACAUCAACAUCUCAACAGUUUACAGGAACAAUCACAAGCCAACUGUACUCUUGAUUCUUUAAACACCCCAGCAACAGCAUUACAUUGUUCUUGUAAACAGGGAACAAGGCAGCAACCAAGCAUAUUCAAGAUCAAACAAUAUUUUUUAGGGCCUCUGAGCAAAAGAUGCAAUAUUUUAACACAUCCUUUGGCAAUGGCCAUAGAGUCAGACUUGGCAGAAAUUUGGCUUCCAACAAGCACAGGGAUGCCAGAAACGGCACAUGAAAGGAACUCCUCGGCAUGCAAGCAAGAUGAGAAGCUGCUCAGACAACCUCUACAAUACUCGUCAAAACCUUUUAUUAGCAAAAAAAAAA